CUUGGGAUGGGAGCUGAAGCAAGCAAUGAUGUCCGCCCAGUCUCCAAACUCUGAUUCACUAUCUAGCACCACUCUUGAUGCUUCCUAUCUUUCAAAGCCCUUCCUGGAUUUGUUCUAUGUGUAUCAGUGACCCCUAGUACCUGAUGUCAGGACUUGUUCCAAAUGGGUUGUGAGCCUGCAGGGCAGGGGGUGCUGAGAACUGAACCAGGGUCCUCUGCAAAUACAGUAUAUGCUCUUAACCUCUGAGCCACCUCUCCAGUCCCUGUUCUGUACUCUUUUAUUUACAGGGGCUUGUGGAGCAUCACCUGGGGCUGCCCAGUGCAGAGUUGGGCCAGUGAGAUAAAGCAGCCUUCCUAUAGUCAUGCACUGGGUGACUGGGGGUCGGGAUGUGAACCUCAUUCUGUUCUAUGAGCUCUGGGACCCUGCUCUUCCCUCUCCCCGCAGUGCUGGAAUGCCCUGGUGAGCUGAGGCUCUGGCACAGACACUGGCUCUGCCACCAAGACUAUGUCAGUGAGAAAACAUUUCACCCUUGAAUCCCAGGGCCUCUCCACUUACGCUGCUGGGGCGCAGUGGCACAGCGGAGCAUGGCGGGUGGUCUCACAGGCUGUGAGCACUGCUGGCAUGCUCUACAGGGAUAGUCCUCACUGUGGGGAAGGAGGGAAGGGCAGGAAAGGGCCACCCCAUCCAAGUGCUCUGUCUGCUUGGCUCUUUUUCUUCCGUUAUUUAGAGGCAGGGUCUCACUAUGUAGCCAAGACUUGCCCAGGACUCACUAUGUAGACUGGGGCGGCUCCAAACUCACAGAGAUCUGUCUGCCUCUGCCCCCCAAGUGCUAGGAUUAAAGGUGUUUGCAGCCACACUGGUGUUUUUCUGUUGUUGUUGUUUCUUAAGCUGGGGUCUCACUAUAGCUCAGGGUGGCCUUGAACACACGCUUCAGAUUCCCCAGUCCUGGGGUCGCAGGCCUGAGCAUGUCUUGAUCCUUCCUUAGAGAUCUCUAGCUCCCCCUGGCCCCCCUACCAUGAGCCCUUUUGCUCCAGGCCAAGGGCUGCCCCUGGCACGGCUCCCAGAGCGGCAGUUCUCAACCCAUGGGUCGCAAUCCCUUUGGGGCUUCAGUGAACUUUUCAGAGGGGUCACCUAAGACCAUCAGAAACAGAUAUUUACAUUUUGAUUCAUGAAAGUAGCAACAUUGCAGUUAUGAAGCAGCAAUGAAAAUAAUUUUAUGGUUGGGGUCACCACAAGUAUUAAAGGGUCUCAGUGUUCAGAAGGUUGAGAACCACUGUCCUAGAGACAGCAGUUCUGAGAGCGGUUAUCAUGCCUAGUCACUGUUGAACCCAGCCAGGCAGGGAGACACAGCCUCACUAGAGCGUCCCCUCUCACCUACUCCCAGAUGUUCCCCUUGGGAUAACCAUUCUGCCUGGCGCAAGAAGUUCGGUCUGUUUUCUGACCCCAGGCUGAGGCCCUGGGAGUGGCCGGCCACUGUUCUAGGGUCCUUACCAGACAGUCUACUGGUAGGGGUGUGGUACGAGGUUGAGGAAGCAGAGAGAAAGACACCAGAGGCAGGGCUGUCUGAGUGCCCAGUCUAAAGACAAGAAGAGCUGGCAAAAAUUGCCUCUAACAGAGUUCAUCUUAGUUUGAGUACUGUCUGGGGAUCUGACCCCAGAGAGCAGCCAGUUGGAACACAAGCCCCUAAAGAAGCAGGGUCCCUUGGGGGCUGGAGAGAUGGCUCAGAAGUUAAGACUGCUUUUCCAGAGGUUUUGAGCUUAAUUCCCAGCAACCACAAGGUGCCUCACAACCAUCUGUAAUGAGGUCUGGUGUUCUCUUCUGGACUGCAGGCAUACAUGCAGGCAGUACACUGUACACAUAAUAAAUAAUUUUUUUAAAAUUUUUUUUCGAGACAGGGUUUCUCUGUAGCUUUUUGGUUCCUGUCCUGGAACUAGCUCUUCUAGACCAGGCUGGCCUCGAACUCACAGAGAUCCGCCUGCCUCUGCCUCCCGAGGGCUGGGCCACCACCGCCCGGCUCAAUAAAUAAAUCUUUAAAAAAAUAAAAAUAAGAAAGAAGCAGCAGGGUCCCCGAAGCCAAGUGACAAAAGCAGCAGGAAGGGGCCAGCAGAGGCAGCCACUGGACUGGGCGCUCCUGCAGCUCCACUAACACUGAAUAUAUGGCAACCGUUCCUUCCCUCUGCUCAAGACUGUUGCUGUACAGAGGUGGCCUGUCCUGUCUCUGGUGCUGUGGCCAUACGGUGGCUGACACCCUGCCCCCCAGCUCUGACUCACUGGGGUUCUGUGCUCGGAUUCAAAGGCCUCCAUUGACUGCAGGGCUGAGGUCAGUUUCUCCCCUGCAGCCUGGCCUGCUGGGUGCACGACAGUCAAUCGUUACUGUGUGGAGCCAGCUAGGCAGAAUGAGACCAAUACUGUCCCACUGUCCUUUCUGUUAGGCCUUUCAUCAAAACAAGCCUCUCCUCAAAACAAGCAGGCUACUUUUAAGGUAUUUAGGAUCCUCAGAUUUCCAGCAAGAUGCCUCUGGGUACUGAGCAGCAGAAGUGCCCCACCAGAUGGCGAGUGCAAAGCUUGCUGGCUUGCUUGGGUGGCCCCAUAGCUUCUGUUUUUCUUCCUGGGAGAGGCCAGAGGGAGCAGCUAGGGAGUGGCCCAAGAGACAGACUGGGGUGGUCAGGAACACAAGCCAAAAAGGUCAUCCAGAGGGUGGUGGGGUGCUCAAGAGGGAGGUACUCCCUUCUCUUCCCCCAGCAACCUCAGACUGAGCCCCCUGAGGUUAUUUCCACAGGGAACCACAGCCAACCACUUAUUAGCCCAGCCCUCGGGGGCGGGGCAGGACAGAGCAGGGGAGGAGUAAGUGAGGGAGUCGUUUUGGGGAUCCUGAGAGUAGAGUGGACCUCCUGGGCAGGGCUCCUCUGGCUCUGCCUCACAAUGGUAAUAUGACACCUAGCUCUCCAGGGCAACCAAUAACAAAAAAGCCUAAGCUGGACAGCAGCUGGCUGUCAGCAGCCAAGAGCUCCUGUAAGAGGUGUCUGAGUGAGAGCCACUGGCAGGAAAGCACAGCGCUGGUGAAGCCGGCAAAGGUGGCCAAAGGUGGCGGCAAAGGACUGAGAGGAAGCACAUAACGGCUCUCUUCUUGGGUACCUCUUCUUGGCUCCUCGAUAUCUGAGCUCCCAGAACACAGGAGCCCUAGCAACAUGGCAGCCACAGACUUUAAGGAGGAGAUUCGCUCUGUGGGUGAGAGGCUGCUGCUGAAGCUGCAAGGACUGCCCCAGGCUGAUCCCGUGGAGCUGGUGGCCUUCUCUAUCAUCCUUCUUUUCACAGCUACGGUCCUGCUGCUGAUGCUGCUGGCCUGCAGCUGCUGCUGUGUGCGCUGCUGCUGCCCCGACAGGAGACGCACGAAGAUCCUCGUGCAACCCAUAAAACCCAGAUGAGGGACAGCAGUGUGAUGACCCAGGAGAAGCUGGACAGAAGCCUUCCCAAACUGUGACACAGACUAUCAUCCUGGCCACUUCUGGCACUGAGUUCUGGCACUGUCCAGGUGACAGACAGGGUAGACAUCUGGAGACUUAUCAAGGAAACAAGUGUUGCUCAACCUGCCGAUGGACACCAGCGCUUAGAGGAGUCAACUGUUUCGAAAGCCCAGGAAAACGCUGAGGACUUCUGCUGUACUUUUGAGGAGCCCCAUAUUUUGAACAGCUCAUGGUUGUGGGGAGGCUGGCCCUUGGGCUCUGCUGAUUUAUGCCAAAGAGAAGUAAACUGAUCAGGGACUUUGUGCAAUUUACUAAACUCUAAGCCUCCGUCUGAAGGGGAGGGAACAGGUCAGUAUUCUAGCUGAAAUUUGCUUACUGCCAAGUAAAGCUUUUUUGGUUCCGUGUUUACGAGGUGUUUGGCUAUGUAUAUUUAUGCGCAGGUGGCUCUGCAUCAGGACAGCAUCAGAGCUCUAGGGGCACGGCCAAUGACUGACUUUCUUUCCAGGCUACUGCCCUUGGUGUGCCCACGAAGGCUGGGAAAUCACACAGGAAGGCAACAUUGCUUUCUAACAGGGCUGCUUCCAGAGUCCCACUCUGUUGAGUGAUGGCGGCCGAUGCCCUAGGACAGGCGCUGAGCCCAGGAAUGCCACGAAUAUUUCCUGCUGUCUGUGUCCCCCACACUAGCACCUCCAGGUCACUGGGUCCUCCCACAUCUCUUCAGGCUGUUGUACCCCGACCCUUCGGCCCUGUCCCUAUCUGAGCGCUCACAACCCAGCUGACAAUCCCCUAGGCUUCCUUCUGGUGAGAUGGACUAACCCUGGCACCUGCUUCCCGCGGUAUGCCAGGAGUGUAAAGCAGACAGCCCAAGACUAGCCCAGUGCUAGACAUGCUUCAGAAGCUCCGGAAUUACCAACUGCCAUUAUUCGCCCCUCUGAACGGGCUAGCCCAGAGCACAGUGGACCCACGUUAAAGAAGGGUGCUGCUGAAAUGCCGCCAUGCCGCCCUCCCUGCGGGUCACUGUCUUCUAGACACACAGCUACAAACCAAAACACGAAACGUGCGGAGGGGCAGACACGUAAGUCUCCAUACAUGGAACAGGGCCAGGACUGGCUCCAAUUGCUCCCACUUCUGUCACCUAAGUCUGUGCAGCACACAUUCUGCUUGCCUGGGAGCAGAGUUCAGCCUGCCUUGAAAACAGGUCACAGUAAGGGAAGUCAGCCCCUGCCACCUCCAGCUGGCAGCCUAGGCCAUACAGGCAGGAAGGCCACAGGAAUUCUUGCUAGCUGGUUUGACUACCUGGUAGCCACAGACUUGCCUGACAGGUUUGGGUUAUUGAAACCAAGAAAGGAGGUGUUUCCAAACAAAGAAAAAGAAAUCUAAGAAACCACCUGUCCUCAGCCCCUAAAAUUGGAAUUCAGAGUCAAACACGUCUUUGAUCCCAGCACUCUGAGAGGCAGAAGCAGGUGGACCUCUGUGAGUUCCAGGUCGGCCAGGGCUACUUAAAACCCCUUCUUGGGGCUGGAGAGAUGGCUCAUCAGUUAUGAGCACCUGGGUUCAAUUCUCAGCAUCUACUUGGCAGCUUACUGUCUGUUACUCCAGGUACAGGAAAUCUGACACCCUCACACAGAAAUAGAUGCAGGCAAAGCACCAAUCACUGCUUGUUAAAAACAACAACAAAUGUACAACAACAACAAAAAACUUUAUCAAAAACAAAAACAAAACAAAAAAUACCAAAAAAACAAGAAAACCUGAAUGAUGCUAAUAAAGACAGUUAAAAUCCAGAGGACUAGGCCAUGCUGUGUUGCCUUUAAAAAAAUUUUAAUGAGGGAGGCUAGAAAGAUGGCUCAGUGUUUAAGAGCACUGGCUGGUCUUCCAGAGGUCCCGAGUUCAAUUCCCAGCAACCACGUGGUGACUCACAACCAUCUGUAAUGAGAUCUGGUGCCCUCUUCUGGCCUGCAGGCAUAUGUGCAGACAGAACACUGUGUACAUAAUAAACACAUAAAUCUUAUAAACAAUGUAAUGGUGCUGGGAAUGAAGCCCAGAAGACUGCACUAGGCAAGUGCUCUGCCCCUGAAGCACAACCCAGACCUAGAAGUUGUCUUAAGCUAGGUUCCAAUUCACCGCGCCCCUGCCUUAGCCUCUUAAGUGUGAGGAUUACAUGUAAUGUGCCUCACUUGCUUGGGGCUUUUUUUUUUUUUUUUUUUUUUAAAAUCUUCUCUUUUUUAAAACAAUCUCACUAAGUGGCUCUGGCUAGAAGUCAGUAUGCACCUAGCUCGGGGCUGUCCUCUGCCUCUGGAGUGCUGGGAUUGCAGGCAUGGCCCACCACACCCCACUUUUGUCCUGAGCAUUCUGUUGCAGAUAAAUUCACUUAACCUUCGUGAUGCUUCAGUCCUUUAUUAUCCUGGUUGACAGAGGACAGAGAUCAGCCUUGGUGCAGCCAGCUAAAAUGUGGCAAAGCCAGCUCUGGGUCCAGCCUGUCUGGCUCCAAUUCCCUGCUCACCACACCUAAGGCUUGAGGCCUCUGGGACACAAGGCAGAAGUGUUGACCCCAUUAUCUCCAUUAGCCAACCCUACAUCCACGCACCCACACCCAAACUCUGUCUCAAGAUUGCUUCUGUGGAGUGGGUGGAAAGCCCACACCCAGCUAUCUGAAGAGAAGCCCGGGGAUAGUGGAAGGAGUAGAAACCUGCAUUUCUCACUCCAGCACCUCACAGGAGGUCCCUCGAAGCCCUCAGUUCAGGAACAGCAGCCCGGUUCCUUCCAGAAUCUUCUUUAAGCAGGAUUUCAUUAGCAUCAGGAAUAAUCUUCCUGUAGGAAGGCUAAGGUUGAGGACCCUUUUUUGCUAGAAAAGAUUCUGGUUCCUAGUCUAGCUGAGGGUACCAUGAACAAUCCUGGACACCUAGUUCAGCUCCAGAGUAGAAGGUACCAUGGACAACCCUGGACAUAGCCUAAGUAGCCAGUUCGCUUGCACCUUCCUACCCUAUGCUAGGUCAGUCCAUCCUAUAAGCUAACCAACUGCAGCCUGGCACACGCUGGGAUGGCAGACCUAGGCCACCUUCACUGGGGAGGAAGCAGGUGUGGGAAACAGAAAGGUCACUGCAGAUCUGAGCUGUCAGACCAGAGCAGCAGCACAGGGCGGACUACUUCAAGCUUAGGGAAGGUCCCACUGAUGUAACUGCCCUAUGCCAGGCAAGAACAAGCCAUCGUGGUGCACGGAGGCUACCGCAGGCCUCACCAGCUUCCUCAUGGCCCUCCCUCCCACAUGGCCUCUGCUCUACCAGUGUCUGAUCUCAGUCCCUCAGAAGGAUGAGGAGCCGCCUGGUUCACUGCCUGAAUUUUCUGCCUUGUUACAAACUAAAAAUCAAGGUGAGAAUCACGUCAGCAACGCUGGCAGAGCACACACAAGUUUUGUGAAACGUGACACUACAAAUUUCAUAUCAUAAAAUAUGUGCACAAAUUAAUUUUGUUCUAAAAAUGUUUUCCACUUCUUUGCACCCUGCUCCAUGACAGGGAAUGCUGUCCCUAACUCUCUUUUUUUUUUUUAAAGAUUUGUUUGUGCUGGGCGGUGGUGGCACACACCUUUAAUCCCAGCACUUGGGAGGCAGAGGCAGGGGGAUCUUUGUGAGUUCGAGGCCAACCUCUACAAGACCUAGUUCCAGGACAGGCUCCAAAACUACAGAGAAACCCUGUCUCAGGGGGAAAAAAGGAUUUGUUUGUUUUUAUAUGCAUGUGUGUUUGUCUACAUGUAAGUGGACCACAUGCAUGCCUCUUAUCUGAGGAGCCCAGAAGAGGGCAUCAGAUCUUCUGGAACUGGGGUUACAGAUGGUUUCGAGCCACCAUGUGGGGCUGGGAAUCGAACCUGGGUCCUCUGGAAAAGUAGCUAGUGCUCAAGUCUUUACAACUCCCGCCAUUUCCUCACAGAAACCCUCAGUGCAGACCAGUGUGCCUGCAGCACCCUCUCCUGUUCUCAUCUAUCUCCCUCACAGUGACUGAGACAACAGAUCUACCUACUUGGAUACAGCAGUUAAUUAACUAAAACCAGACAAAGCAACUUUCUUACGAAUGACAUUCCCUCUACAUAUCUGUUUUGAGACAGGGUCUCACUAUAUAUUUCUGGGGGCCUGGUAUUCACUAUGUAGACCAUGCAGGUCUCAAACUCAAAAGACCCACCUGCCUCUACCCCUCAAGUGCUAGAAUUAAAGGUAUGUGCCACCAUGCCCAGCAGGGGUUUGUUUUUAGUUUUUGGUUUUUUGAAACAGGGUUUCUCUUGUGUAGCCCUGGCUAUCCUGGAACUCACUUUGUAGACCCAGCUGGCCUCAAACUUAAAGAUCUACCUGUCUCUGCCUCCUGAGUGCUGGGAGGUGUGUGCCAUCACUGCCUGGCUUCUUUUGUAUUUUUUAAAGAUUUUUUUUUUAUUUAUUAUAUAUGUGUGUGAAUGUUUGGUGUCUUCGAAGGCCAGAAAAAGGUGUUGGAUGGCCUGAAACUACGAUUACAGGCGGUCAUGGUCACCUGACCUGAGUGCUGGGCACUGAACCAAGGUCUUCUGGAAGAGCAACAAGCGCUGCCACUUCUGAACUGUCCUCCAGCCUACAGAGGUGGGACAGACAGGCACACCUCUUGGGUGGGGCUCGGUCUCUGAGGAUGGCUGUGCACCAGCUCGGCUCUAGCCCUACUUUGUAGUUCUGAUUUCAUUAGAACAAGAGUGUGAACACACCAAGUGUAAAAUGUCACUACAGAGGGGCCAGCAAGAUGGUUCAGUGGGUAAAGUUACUUGCCACCACCUGAGGACCUGAAUUCAGUUCCCUGGAAGCCACAGUUAACCUAUUCCCAACAAGUUGUCUGCUAAACUCCACACACAUGCACAUACACAAAAUGUAUUAAAAUUUUUGUUAUGAGUCUUACAAAAUAUGCCCAAAGUUUAGUUGUUUGUGCUUCUUUUGAUGGGAAUAUGGAAUGAUAUCAAAGUGGCCACAUAGGCAUUAAUAGAGACAACAGCUUUGUCUGCUCUAAGGUAUAGGGCCUGAGAGCUGGCUUCAAACUCCAACUGCACAGCCUUGAAUAAGUUGCUUAGUCUGUGUGUCUGUCGUCUGUCUGUAAGACUGGAGUUGUGGCAAUCAUUGUUUCAUUUGUUUAUACAAUGUCACACUCAAUUUUGUAGUCACAGGAGCAAGCACAACACCUACAAACCAGUUUGGGAACAAACAACUGACUCUUGAUAAGAACCUGAUUUCACUGAUAGGCUCAUACAAGUACCAGGGUGUGCCAGAGACCAGCCUGCCAGCUGUGUGCAUUUGGCAAGCCAGGAGGUCAGCAAGUUUUACACGAAGAAAUGGAAAGCAGCAGGUGAGCCAUGGGUCAGUCGAGAAUGCUUUCCUGAGUUUGCUCAUCGCCUGUCAACCACUCCAGGCUGUAUCUGAAGAGACGCCCUGAGAGGAUUAGAACACCAGAUACCCGGGAUUCUAGAAACUGAUGUACGUGGGUAUUUCUCAAAACUCUACAGCCCUGUGGGCUACGAUAUGAGCCUCGCUGGAGGGAACAGCCUCUCUUAUGAUAGGAUGCAAAGCCUGGCACAGCCAGGCCCACACAUCUAAGCUUUAAAGGAGUCAACAGUGGCCAUCAAGUUUCAAGCAGGGCAUGUAUGAUCAAUCCCUUCCUCCCAGUUUUCUCUCUAACCAAGGGGUAGGAGGAACCAGCCACAUGAAACAGUUGAGGCCAUGCCCGAGACAGGCACAAGAGAAAAAGACUAAGGGUGGCAAGCACUCCCACCCAGAAAUGGUUCUGGGAGGCUCCUACCAGAGCUGCGGCUAACCAUUCUCCCACCCCACAGGAAAGAACGCCUUCCCAAGUAAGCUCCAAGAGGUCACUGAGACGGAGAACUAACACCUGGUGCACACAGGCGAGGUGGACAGGUGACCUGUAGCACAGACACAAUCUACAUUGUCACCCUCCCCCAAGUCUGACUUCUCUCAAGGACAAUUUACAAAGUGUCCCGAGCAUCUCCAAGAGACGCCAUCACAAAAGGACAGAACACUGCUGAGGAACCGAGGGAGGGAGUGGCAGUUGCCAGGCAACCAAUCUAGCCCACCUUUGUUUGCUCUGGUGGCAGCAGCCAAGGUGUGGUCAGAGCCAUUUGGCAAUGCUCUGGGCUGCCAACAGUCAUUUCUUUGAGUUGCUGAAUAGCUGUGGUCACCUGGCAGCCGCUUCCACCCAGGAACCCCAGAGUGUAAAGCCCGAAGGACAAUCGUGACCUUCCUUUGCCCUCAUAAGACACAGGCUUUUAGCAGAAGAAC